AUGGCCAUCGACGAGUUCGACGACCUCGAAGCGCGCUACGACUUUCUCACCACGCAGCGCCGGGACCUCGAGGAAUCGAUCAAGGCGACGGGCGACGCUAUCGCACGGAUCAACCGCACGACCCGCGAACGGUUCCGUGAUGCGUUCGAAGCGAUCAACACGCACUUCCAGGAUACGUUCUCCACGUUGUUCGGCGGCGGACGCGCGGGGCUCGUGCUGCUUGACGAGACCGAUCUGCUCGAGAGCGGGAUCGAGAUCAUCGCCCAACCGCCGGGCAAGCGGUUGCAGAAUAUUCAGUUGUUGUCGGGGGGUGAGAAGGCGCUCUCGGCCAUGGCGCUGAUGUUCGCGAUCUUCAGGUACAAGCCGAGUCCGUUUUGCCUGCUCGACGAGAUUGACGCACCGCUCGACGAAGCCAACAUCGGACGCUUUGUCGAGAUGCUGCGCGGUAUGCAGUCUGACACCCAGUUCAUUCUCGUGACCCAUAAUCGCAAGACGAUGGAGAUCGCCGACCGGUUGUACGGAGUGACGAUGGAAGAGCCGGGAGUGUCGAAACUGAUUUCGGUGCAGCUCGGUCAGGCCUGA